GAAAGAUGAGCCAGUCAAGUGGCUCGGGUGGGACGACGGGAAGAGGUGGGAGUAUAGGACAACCACCGGCCGCCGUGAGGGUCCAUCCGAUGUUAGGUAAGACCUGCUAUAAGUGCGGAGAGGCGGAUCAUUUCGCAAACGUUUGCGAGGAGUAUCAGGAUGCGAAAGCAAGAGGUGUAACAUUCGUUCCACCACCGCCGAGACCACGCCAAGGAAGAACGACCGCUAUGCAAGAAGGGCAACAGCGAAGUUUACCUGCGGAUAGCUCAGCGAAUAGAAGUGGGUCAACAUAUACAGACAGGUUAAUGAGAGAAUACUUCCUGGAGUUAGCGGAAGAGAGACGAGCGAAAAAGGAGCAAGAAGCAAGAGAGCAGGAGGAGAGACAAGCCAAAGAGAUACACCUCGAGCGAGAGAGAAAGAGACUAGAACGAUUGGAGGAGAGAAAGAGAUACGAAGACCAACGGGAUGCAAGAUUGCUGAGACUGGUGCGCGUUGAAUGGGGAGGAAGUAUGAGGCAGGCGCCGGAGAGAAAGGAGAGAAAGAAGGAGAAGGUGAAUGAAAGAGGUGAGACUGUUGAGGAAGAGAAGGAAAGAUUGAGGAGGGAGAUCGCCAUUCAGCCGAGCUCGGAGGAGGAGGAAGACACCGAACUGAUAUUGUUGCGAAGAAGGGCGGCUAGAAUAAAUAUCAAUGACAAAAGGAGGAGGGAUCCCGAGAAGGCCACGAUGGAGAGCCCACCUUCGACCACUCCGAGGAAAGGCCAGAGGACCGGAGUUAUGGCAGAUGCUAGGGGCAUUAGACCGGAAUUGGGAACCGAAGCAAAGAAGAGAAUCGAAGAGAUAAAAAGCAGUGAGGCAGGAAGAACUGUGUCUGCGUCUACCAUACUGGAACCCGUUGGGAAGCUGUCGCUCAGCAUGAAGCACGUGCCCGCAGGAUGCGGACCAGGGGAUCGGGAAAAAUACGAAGAGGAUUGCCGUGAUCUGUUCGAAGCGCUGACCAUUGACGAGUUAAAAGAAGCUUGCAGAAAUGAGAAGAUUAGCUAUACAAACAGAGACAUGGCGAUUAAGCGAUUGGUAACUAGAAGGCGACUGAAAGCAUAUGAUCCGAUCAAUCUGCCUUUACCUGAAUCGCCGAAGGCCGCACUGAAAGUGCCGAGAGCGGCCCGAUCUCUUCGAUCCAAACCGAUCAUCGAAGAUGCCGAGGAAGAGAGUAGCUGUGUAUACGCGCUAGUAUCACCUUCGUACAAGCAGGUGUACAUCGGAAUGACAGAGAGGGUGCUCAGUCUAAGAUGGAAAGAGCACGUAGCAGGUGCCGCGAAGCGAAGGAAAGGUGAUAAGAGUAGAAGGAACUUGUAUACAUGGCUUAACAAGGUCGGUAUAGAACAAUAUGUCGCCCUGCCGCUGGUUUUCAACGACGACCGGAAGGAACUCGAAGCAAUCGAGAGAUCGUUGAUAAAGAACUGGUCGCCAUCGCUGAAUACCAGGUUGAAGAAGAAGAGAACCAAGAAUAGAAAGCAACGGGGAAAGAAGGAACGACGGCGAGCGAGGGGUAAGAAAGGAAUGAGUCCUGUUAACAGCAUGGUAAAGGAGGAGGAGAAGUCGGCACAGUCGAGAAUUCUUGCACUACGAAUCGACGGAGUGGCUGACGAAACGGUGCGAAUAGUUAACUUACCACGGAUGCUGACAAAGAAUGGUAAGGGGAAAGAGUAUAGGGUGGUGAGCAAUGGUGGGGUGGUAUGGACCGAUAAUUGGCAUGUAGUAAGAAGGUUAUUCGGGGAGACGAGGGUGCAUGUGGGAAAGAGGACCCGGCCAUUUAGAAAGUGCAAGAGACUGUUCGAGAGAGAAGGCUACGUGAAGAUUCUAGAUGUUGUUGAGGCAUCACCUACAACACUGAAGUUGAAAGGAGAGCUAGUCAAGAUGUUCAAAUGUGGGAGAAAGAAAAACAGAUUGAAGCGACUCCGAAGUAGUGAACUUAUUCAGUAUUAUGCCGCUGCAAAGAUUUUUUCAACUAAGAAGAGUCGAUCGAAGGCGAAGAAGAUGGUUAAUGAUGUUGUGAAAAUGACGUUUGGGGUGAAGAUUAAUCGUCGGGUGAUCACUAAAGUUAGGUUUGAUGAUCGGAUUAAGAAAGGGGAGGUUAUCAGGCUUGUGAGAAGAAAGAUUGGAUGUUUGCCUCUGGAUUGUGCCGUGAAGGAAAUGGCUAAGCAACGCACCCGAGUAGUGUGGACGAGGGGUCCAAACGUCGGGGAUAUGAUCCACAAUCAUCGCAGAUAUGCGGUGAGUGGGGUUGCUAGGUGCAUGUGCACUGACUCGUCCCUUCCAAAGGAAAAGGGACAUGUCCAUUUCCGGUUGAGUACAUGGGAGGGCUGCCCGGACAUCACUAAGAAUGUGAGGAACAUCCCGAAGGAAUGGAGUGAAGAUUCUGUGAAGAGGCUUCAAGAGGAGGUGAAAGCAUCCAUUCACAGGAUUGAUUGGUUGAAUAUUGACACUAGUAAGACUGAGAUCACCGAUGAAGAUGUGAAAGCUUGUUUCAAUGAAUCAAAGGGAAGGGAAGCAGGUAACAUGAGAUCAGUGAUUGAACUGAAACGCAGGUUGGACGGUUACAUGUGCACUCCCCUAGACAGAAAUCCAGGGGAGACGCUCGCCAUGUGCCCGGAGGUCUACGCCUUGGGGAUGGGGAGCACCUUCAUCGCGAAUGAUGGAUAUGAGAUUCAAAAGGACGAGGAGAGUGAGAUCAUUGAGAGGAUGGGGACAGAGUACCGAGAGCAUGGUUUUCUGAAGUAUGGGAGCUGGAAGAGAGGGGGAAAGCUGGGUAGAGCGUAUGCGUUGCCCAAGCACAAGGAUACCUCGAAAUUCCGGCCGAUCUGCCCUACCUUCGAUGAACCAGGUAGCAGAUUAUGCCGGAAGAUCUCGCAAGGGCUGAAUGGAAUGCUUUUCAAUCUUCCUGAGAGUGGACAUUUCAAUCUGAAAUCUGUCCACCUCAUGACUACCAGAUUGGGUAGGAUGAACGGUUUCUUGAGAAGAGGAUGUGCAAAUACAGGCAUUUUGGGUGCGUCCUACGACAUCAAGGAGAUGUUUAGUAGGCUGACGCACGGGAGGAUUCUAAGGGCUGUUGAGUGGUGUAUUUGGUGGUUUGAAACAAAAGGCUUUCUUGGAAUUUUUGUUAAGAACAGGGGGAAGGGUGCAAAGUUGAGUAAGUGUGGGGCAAUUGAUGGAUAUAGGUUGGUGGCGUUUUCAGUAGUGCUGGAAUACGUUAGGUACGAUCUGAAGAAUUGUUUCACUGUUGCUUCAGGUUUGAUCCUGAGACAGACAGUGGGGAUCCCGAUGGGGAAGUCCUCCAGUCCACCCCUGGCGUGCCUGAUGUGCGCAAAAUCCGAAUGGGAUUUCUUGCUCACAUUAGGUAGCCAGAAGAGGCUGGUUGCAGGAAUGCGGUUUGUUGACGACGCAUCAGUAUUUGUAGCCUGUAACAAGAGGGUUCCGGAGUCGAGACGUCGAGCAGAAGAGAUUUUGUGUAUGUACGAGAAGUGCUACGACUCUAAUCUAAACCUGAAACGAACGGAUGAGGGAAAGAGGGAAUGGGAAUUCCUGGGGUGUUGUGUGAGAGUCGAGGAUGAAUUUCCCUUUUUGAGCUGCCACCAAACAAUGAAGAACGAAAAUGAUUUACUGGAAGGGAGAGACUUGGCCUUCCAAACUAUCCAAGAUUUCGAAUCGUGGACAGGUAAGAAGGAGAAAGUUGCAGCAAUCACGAGCUGCCUCCAUAGGAUUCGGCAGAACUCUUGCUCGACACCUGGUAUGAUUGUAGCAGUUAUUGUUCUGAGAUUGGAACUGCGAAGGAGGAAGUACCCUGAUGUGUUGUUUCGACAGGCGAUUCGCAACUUCAGUAGGGAUAAGGAGAAAGUUUGGAAAAGGAUUGCUGAUUUGCUCUGUUGUGGAUAGAAUGUAAGGAACUUAGGAUGGGGAUGAUUGGGUUUUUAGAGGACCUGGGUUUUUACAUACCUGUUGGAGGACAGGCGGUAGCUUUCAGACUGA